UUGAGCUGCGAAUUGUAUUGCCAGGUUAGUGUUGUAGUAGGAUGUCACUUGUUAGUAUAAAGCAUGAUACCUGGCUAAUUAUCAUGCGAUUUAAUUAUCUGAUUCUUCCUUGGUGAAUCCUUUAGAGAUGGCCACACGAGACCAUAUCGAGUGGGCGCUGAGCGUUGUAAAUGCCUCUAUGCGAUCGUUCGCCGAGAAAUUCAAUUAUACAGACAGAAGAACAGCCGAGGAAGCGUACUUGCUGCUCAUCAAUAGCAAUGAAAUCGCCAAGCCUCGCCGUGAACAGCUUCUCCUCGGCUUCGAGACUUUCAAGGCCAACGCAGCAGAUGCCUUCUGGGUGAAGCGCUACACCGCUAUUCAAACUGUAGUCAUUACCAAGAAAGCGGCUGUGGACUCGAUGCAAGCCGGACACCAGCAGUCCACGUACGAAUAUCAGCAGCACUUUGCCCGUGAAGAACGUCAGUCAUCCGCUGCUGUGGGUAUGCGGGAACCCACCACCGCUGAAACGCAUGGAAAUGGUUGCGCAACAACUUCAACCGCGCCUGUCUUCAAUUCAGCUGGGAAGCAUAGCUUGGAGGAAAAUGGCAUAUCACCCCCUGCAAAGAAACAGAAGGAUAAGAAAUCUACCGACGACAGGAGGAGAUCCCUUCAGCGCCGCUUCUCGAGUCUAGGGGGAAAAUGGACACUCAGAUCAGGAACUGUGGUCGAGGAUGUGCUGUUCGAGGCGGGACAAAGCAUUAAUGAAUUGCAUCCAAUUCAUUCCUUUAUGAUCGAUUUGAGCGACAAGACAACGCGACAGUUGUUCUCAAAGGACGAUUGGACUGAAAUUAGCAGCGAUCUCCCACACAUUCCGCCUUAUUCAAAAGAGGCAUCGGAGUAUCUCGACAAAUUCGACAGCGUGGCCACGCUUGAGGACUUGCAAGAUCUACUGGACAGGCGUCCUCGAGAUACCGAGAGUCAGCUAAUUUAUGAAUGCUUGCUGAACUGGCUGUGUCUGUAUGAGACUGAGGAUCCGUCGCCGUUUAGUGUUGCUGGUAGCCUGUCGGAGGGUUGGUGGCUUAAAUCGGCGUGGGGCGUAUGCACUAACAUGGCAUUAGGCGUGCCCGGAUGCUUUAUAAUACCAGGCGAAAUCACCGGCCACGACUCUUCCGCGAGAAGAAACAAAGAUCGAGAAUCGACAAUUGGGAGCGAGAGGAAGAGGGUUGGAGUCCGCGCCGACCUCAUAUGGAGAAACAUGAAAUUGCCAGAGACUGACUGGGCAAUAGCAGAGGCGGCGAAGGUUUGGUGUCCCAAUAGUAACAAGUACAUAUCGGAGAGUAAAUUUAAGCUUCCGAGGCAGUUACACGACGUCUUGGUAGGGCGAUCAAUGGAGGUUGGCGGAGCGAGCGAACUGAGAAACGCUUUUGUUUCUGGGUUAAUAAUAGGAGGACCAUGUCUCCAGUGGAUUGGGCUCUGUUGGGGAGCAUCUGGGGAUAAUAUUACAAGAUUGGUGAAGAUGGAGGCGACGAGGCUAGAAGCAAAGGUCAUCAACCUCUCGGCUUCGCUUCUAGCCAUUCACGAUCUGCUCUUCUUCAGGACAUCAACCAUCCGGUUGAUAUCGGAAUACGAACAGGCCGCAAAGCGACAUACCGGCAAGAGGAAGCGGGACCGGCAUUCAGCCCUAACUGGCGCCUUGUUGGAGCCGAAGAGCUCAUGGCGGGACCUUCUUCAGACUUCCCCAUAGUACUUGCCUCUCUUGAUCGCUCCCAUCGGUAAACGACGAUGUAGCGCGUUAUUCUGGAUAUGAAAGGCCAUGGUUUGGAGCAAUACACGUAACAAAAAGGUCUGAAACAGGGAACCUAAAAAUGACCGAAUGAAAACGAGUGUGCAUCACCUACUACACUCGACGCGCGUGGAUCAUGCCCGAGACGAUUGGAGACCUUUUGGAUUUGGGGCAGGAGACCCCUUUACUUGAGUAGGCACAGAACGCGAUUGCAGCAGCAGUUGACUUGAAUGGCGUAGUCUGGCUCACGCGCGACAAUAGCGGCAACUAUGUAAUUCAAUACUGCAUCUUUUUUUUUAUUUAUUUUUAUUGGAGACAGGUGUUUGCUGUGCUGUCCACAGAUUUCAUCAGCAUCAAGGGUGUGCUGGCUGAUCGCGUCCCUCUCAUAGUAGUUUUAAACAUUAAAAAGAACAAGAACAUGGUAUUCUUACCAUGCUUUUCAGCAGAGGAAUCGCAGA